AUGGCCGCGAACGUGGGCUUCGGCGCGUCGACUGUUGCGAUGAAUGCGUAUAUACCUUCGUUGGCAAGGGAGGCGCCGGAGGUGGUGAGGGUGCGUGAGGAGGUGAGGCGGGAGGCUGCGCGUGCGGCUGCCGAGGGUGCUGGGGGAGCGGAAGAUGAUGGAGAAGAUGCGGAUCCUGAUUUGAGUUUGAGUGUGGACUCCAACCCACGCGCACCACUCCUCUCCCCUUCCCCCUCCUCCCCCUCGACCCCCUCCUCAACCACCCCCCUCCAAAAACACUACACAUCCCUCCUCUCCCGCACAACCUCGCGCAUAUCCUCACACGGCAUUGCAAUAGGGUACGCAGCGGGCAUUGCGCUGUUGCUUGUUGCGCUUGUGCCGGUGACCCUGAUGAGUGGGAGUGCGGGGGGGAAGACGCUGGCGCUGAGGGUGGCGGUUGGGAUGAGUGGGAUUUGGUGGGGUGUUGGGACGGUGGUUGCGGGGGGGCUUUUGGGGGGUGGGGAGGUUGUGCAGCGUGUGCAGGUGCGGGGUGUUGGUGUGGAAAAUGGGGAGGAGGAAGAGGUGGGAGAUGGGGAUGGAGAUGGAGAUGGAGAUGAACACCUGAGAAGCAACACCAGCAACUUGAAAGCGGAGGAGGAAGACAAGAAGAACUGGAGCAUACCCCGCGAAAUCGCGGCCUCGUGGAUCCGGCUUGCGGACAUGCUCCGCUGGAGCGAGAUGAAGAAGUUGAGGAAUACGUUUCGCUUUUUGGCGGCGUGGUUUUUGCUUUCGGAUGGCUCAGUCUACGGCGCAUUCCAAGGCUACGCGCGCGCGCUCUACGCGGAGCUGCUCCCGCCUGGUGAAGAGGCGCGCUGGUACGGGUUGUUUUCUAUUACCGAUAAAAGAAUAAAAAUGUUUGCUUACGCGUUGAUUCUCUUCUCAUUCGCGUAUCGCAUCGCAUUUCUUCCUCUCUUCCUCUCUUCCUCUCUUCCUCUCUUCCUCUCUUCCUCUCUUCCUCUCUUCCUCUCUUCCUCCCACACCACCCACCCACCCAACCCCCCACCCAAAACCCCAAAAACAGUCCUCCUCAUUCAUAGGCCCCCUCCUCGUCGGCCUCAUCGCAGACAUGACCGGCAACAUCCGCUAUGCGUUUCUCUUUUUGGGAGGGAUGGUGCUUUUGGCGAUGCCGGUGCUUGCGGGGGUGGAUGUUGA